AUGUUUUCAACAGUUAUAGGUCAACCAUCGACGAGAGUAACUUUUUGUAAAGUUACCUCAAUGGUUGCUGAUUUAGAAAAAAUUCCUAUGAGUCCAGAUUGUAAGGGUAAUGAAUUAUUUGAGACAGUCUGUAGGAUUUUAGGAAUUCGUGAACAUUAUUAUUUUGGUUUACAAUUUACAAACAAAAAAGGUAUAGUAUGUUGGUUACAAUUAGAUCAAAAAAUAUUAAAACAAAAUAUCGGUAAAGAAAAAGAUGAAUAUCAUUUUUAUUUUUUGGUUAAAUUUUAUCCAGAAAAUGUUGAGGAGGAAUUGAUACAAGAUGUAACAAGACAUUUAUUUUAUUUACAAAUAAAACAAAGUAUAUUAAAUAUGGAUUUAUAUUGUUCACCAGAAGCUUCAGUUUUAUUAGCAUCUUAUGUAUGUCAAGCGACGUAUGGUAAUUUUUCCAAUGAUAUUGAAAUUGAUUUACAUAAGCUAUUACCACAAAGUGUAAUUAAUCAAUUUGAUAUGACUUAUGAAAUGUGGGAAGAGAGAAUUCAAAAAUGGUGGGUAAAUAAUAAUGGUAUGAGUCAAGAGGAAGCUGAAAUUGAAUAUUUAAAAAUAGCUCAAGAAUUAGAAAUGUUUGGUAUUCAAUAUUAUCCUAUAUGUAAUCAAAAAGAAACUGAUUUACUUCUUGGUGUAUCAGCACAUGGUAUAGGUAUCUAUAAACAUACUAAUAGAAUAACACCAAGACCAUUCUUUAUGUGGUCUGAAAUAAAAAAUGUAUCAUUUGAAAACAAAAUUUUUACAAUUAAAGUACUAGACAAAUCAAAAAUCAAAUUCAAGGCUCUUAAUUCAUCAGUAAAUUUAUCUAUCCUUGACCUAUGUAUAGGAACACAUAAUUUAUACUUGAGAAGAAGACAACCAGAUCUUAUGGAGGUACAACAAAUGAAGAUCCAAGCAAAAGAACAAAGGCAAAAAAAGUUAGAAGAGCUUCAACAAUUGUCAAAAGAAAGGCAACAACGUAAACAAGCCGAAGAAGAGAGAGAUCAGAUUAAAGCACAAUAUGACAUAAUUAGUGACCAAUUGGUUAAAUUAAAAGAAUAUCUAAAACAGACCGUUCCAUCAAGUGAUGGAUUGACGAUGGAACAAUUACGGGAAAAUAAUGAUACAAUCAAAUGUACGCAACAAAAUCGAGACAUUCAAGGAAUAAAUGAAAUUGAUAUAAUGACAAAAAGAUAUGAACAAAAUGUAAAGCAAAAUAAAAUAUCUAAUCAAAUGUAUAGAAGUCAAACAAUUGUUAGUGAAUCUGCUAAACAAAAUGGUUUUUAUAAUAAUUAUAAUUUACCAACAAUUAAUAAUCAAACACCUCAUCGUCAUUCAACAGUCUAUUUAUCAAAACAACUAAGUACUAAUUCUAAUUCAUCCUUCUCUGGUAAUGGAAAUAAUUUAAAACCUCAACAUUCAAAUUCAUCCUCUUCUAACAAUGAAAAUAUUGGUAAAAGUAAUAUUACUGCAAUAAGUUCAAUAUCCAUAUUGAAUGGUGAAAUUCAGCAAUUAAGAAACGAGAAAGAAAAACUUCGAAAUGAAGAAAAUAAAGGAAAUAAGGUAUUAAAGGAUAUGUUACAUGAAUUUAGAACAGAGAUAGAAAGUUUAAAAAGAGAGGAAUAUUUAAGUGAACAUGAUAGAAUACAUGAAAAGAACCUUCAAACUGGAUUAGAUAAAUACUCUGUUUUAAGGAAAAGUGGUGCUGGAUCUACCAAAUCUAGAGUUCAGGUAUUUGAUGGAUUAUAA